UAAAAGACCCGUCUGCGCUUACAAGUGACGCAGGGCCUAGCCGUCUUUCGAACCUUCCCACAGGCCUUAACAUCACAUGUUCAGCCGGCGAUUGAAAUAUGAAAGAAUGUGCUGUUUGAUGCUGCGAUUGAAGAAACCAAGUCGGUGACGAUUGAAAUUGUUGGUUCAAGUUGGCCCGAUUACGGCGAGCCUGGGCUAACCCUUGUGUAAAAUUCAUUCAUGUUCAUCAUCUUAAUCCUUAUGAAGUCUUCUCCUUCUAGUCGCAGAGGGCAGUUUCUGUGAAUUCUCGAUACGAUUAUCACUGUUUAGGGAGGGGCAGGCAGAGUAGGUAAAAAGGAUGGUGGCGAAGAAGGGGAACAAAGGUGCAAUAGGGACAGGGGAUGCAGAGGAGGAACUGACCCGCGUGCCUCUGCAGGCUAUUCUAUUGGCUGAUAGCUUUGCCACUCUCUUCCGCCCAAUUACCCUUGAACGCCCUAAAGUAUUGUUGCCGCUGGUUAAUGCGCCCAUGAUUAGCUACACUCUGGCGUGGCUUGAAUCUGCUGGAGUUGAAGAGGUGUUUGUGUUCUGCUGUGCUCAUUCUAAGCAAGUGAUUGAUUAUUUGAAAACUUCCAAAUGGUUUGACCAACCAAACUUCUCAGUAACGACCAUAGAAUCCUACAAUGCAACCAGUGCUGGAGAUGCUCUGCGAGUGAUAUAUGAAAGGAAUGUGAUACAAGGUGAUUUCAUCCUUGUUACUGGCGAUACAGUCAGUAAUAUGACGCUUACACAUGCACUUAAAGAACAUAAAGAGAGAAAAAGAAAGGACAGCAAUGCAAUAAUGACCAUGGUCAUCAAACAGUCGAAGCCAUCUCCAAUAACUCAUCAAUCACGCCUUGGCACAGAGGAGCUACUUGUGGCUAUCGAUCCAGAUACAAAACAGCUGUUGUAUUAUGAAGACAAGGCUGAUGCUUUGAAAGGGAUGGUUUCACUGGACAAGGCAUUGCUGAGUGAUAAUUCUUCUAUAUCUCUUCACAAUGAUAAACAGGAUUGCUAUAUUGACAUAUGUUCCCCGGAAGUUCUUAGUCUUUUUACAGAUAAUUUUGAUUAUCAGCAUUUACGCCGUCACUUUGUCAAGGGACUACUUGUUGAUGAUAUUAUGGGUUAUAAAAUUUUUGUCCAUGAAAUUCAUUCAAGUUAUGCGGCUAGGAUUGAUAAUUAUCGGAGCUAUGACACCAUUAGUAAAGAUAUCAUCCAGAGGUGGACUUAUCCUUUGGUGCCUGACAUUCAGUUUAUUGGAAAUUGUGUGGCGAAGCUUGGGAGACAAGGAACAUAUCGAGCAUCAGAUAUAGGGAUAUCACGGUCGGCGAAGGUGGGCCCUUUUACUGUCAUUGGAAGUGGCACCACCGUUGGAAACUACACAGAAAUCUCAAAUUCUGUCAUUGGGGAAAAUUGUCAAAUUGGGUCAAACGUUUCAAUUGAUGGUUGUUAUAUUUGGAAUAAUGUUACCAUUGAGGAUAACUGCAAAUUGAAGCAUGCAAUUGUGUGCGAUGGUGUAAUCAUGAGGUCUGGAGCAAUACUAGAACCAGGUGUUGUAUUGUCUUUCAAGGUAAUAAUUGGACAACAAUUUGUUGUUCCUGCUUAUUCGAAGGUGUCUCUGUAUCAACAGCCUGUCAAGCAAGACAGCGAUGAAGAGCUAGAAUAUGCUGAUAACACCAGUGGGAACAUAGAAUUUGCAUCAAUAACUAAUACAAGUGAAAAGUUGGAAGAAGAAUCAGACACUGAGUUAACUGAUGCGCAGAUGCCAGCUACGUCUGAGGCUGACCAGGUUGGUGUAGGUGGGGUUGGUUUUAUUUGGUCAGUUGGUGAGGGAGGACUUGAAGAAGAAUGGAGGCAUUCAGUAGCACCAAUUCCUGAAGAUCAAUUGGUUGAAAUAUUAAAAAAUGCUAUGAAUGAAAUGGAGAUCUCACAUGAAGACAACACUAUACUUCCACCUUCUGGAGAGCUGGAACCUGAAUCUGUUGAUUCUGAUGAUGUCAGAGAUGAUUCUGUUCACUUCGAGAAAGAGGUAGAAGCAACUUUUCUAAGGGGUGUGCAUGAAAAUGUCAAAGAAGACCACAUAAUAUUAGAAGUAAAUUCACUUCGGUUGUCGUGCAAUCUUACUGCCACUGAUUGUGCUAGUGCAUUAUUUUAUGCUAUGAUGAAAUUGGCACUGGAUACUGCACAUAGUUCAACAGGCGAACUUGUCAAAAAUGUCAUCACUGUUGUUACAAAAUGGAAAAAGCUCUUGAAGUACUACCUAUCUAGCUUGGAUGAAGAGAUUGAGGUGAUCUUGAAAUUUGAAGAAAUGUGUUUAGAAUCCAUGAAGGAGUACUCUCCAAUCUUUGUGCAGAUUUUGCAUGUUCUCUACGACAAAGACAUUUUACAAGAAGAUGCAAUACUCAAUUGGGCAGCUGAGAAGCAAGAGGCGGACGAAUCAGAUAAAGUGUUCCUCAAACAAGCAGAGAAAUUCAUACAGUGGUUGAAUGAGGCACCUGAAGAAGACGAUGAAGAUGAAGAUGACUGAACCGAGUUGUUUCAGCCUGCUAUCAUAGUGUAGUAUCUAAAUGACAACACACAAGCAUAUGCACAUGAAAUGCGAGAUGUUUAAGUUAAGUACAGGCAAGUUGUGUGGUUUUUAAUUGGAUUGCUAGCGCAAGGCAGGCGGAACAACUUGGAAGAUGGGGAAAUAAUCCUUGUCGACCUUCUCUUUUAUUUUCUAGGGUGUUUUGUGAAAUCAACUUAGCUUCUCAACUAACUUAUAUCCAUAGAGAAGGAAAAGCAGUUGCUGCUGAAUUUUCGCUUCUUCUUCUGCUUGUAUCUAUCUAUGUUGUAUUUUUUUUGAACCAAAUAUUUGUUGCCUUCCUUUUUCGGCUGUAUUUUUGGGCUGAGGAGUAGAUUUGGAUGGACAUGGAAUUAUAUCAUAUCAUAUGUUAUGUUGUAUAAACUGCAAAACAUGGAACGGCUUCCCGAAAUUAAUUGCUCUUUUGUUCUCUUUCA